UGAUCACUGGUCUUUUAUUCAUUCACUCAGUAUUCUGUGGUUUUAAAUUUCAAUAUUCAAUAAAUAAAAAAUGGUAGGGUGUUGAGAGGUUGAUAAGUUUGUGUUUUAGCUACUGAAUUAAAGUUUGGUUUCAAUAAUUCUAAUAACAUCUGAGAUAAGUUUCAGAGUAAGAGAUUUAUAUUGUGAAAUGGCAAAUCAUUAUGAGGUGCCCAGUUGGGCAGGUAAACCACCAACAGGCCUUCAUUUAGAUGUUUUAAAAGGUGAUAAGUUGAUUCAGAAACUUAUGCUUGAUGAGAAGAAAUGCUACCUCUUUGGAAGAAACCCUCAAAUGAAUGACUUUUGCAUUGACCAUGCAAGUUGUUCAAGGGUUCAUGCAGCUUUUGUAUAUCAUAAAAACUUAAAUAGAGCAUUUUUGGUGGAUUUGGGAAGUACACAUGGUACAUUUAUUGGUAAAAUGCGAUUGGAGCCAAAUAAGCCAACACAAUUACCUAUUGACUCAAAUUUUCACUUUGGUGCAUCAACAAGGAAUUAUAUUAUAAGGGAAAGACCAACUGGUAAUUCUAGAGGUAUCAUGGAGGAAUUGCCCAAUACAGAAACAGAAGGUGCUUUAUUAGGGCUUCCAGAGACACAGACUGAAUUAGAUAACUUAACAGAAUUCAACACUGCUCACAACAGAAGGAUCUCUAUGUUGGGAAUCCCGACGAACGACGACGCAGACGUAAUAAAGCCUCCAACUGGUACGAAGCGGGCAUCAACAAUGCCAAGUGGCGCUCCUAAGAAGCAGAAACGGAAUGUGUCAUUCAAUGAAGAGGUGGAUAUAAUAAAUCCAGAAGACAUCGAUCCUUCAGUGGGUCGCUUUAGGAAUCUGGUGCGGUCAACUAUUGUACCCAAUUCCAGUGUACCAUCAAAGAAGAUCAAACUACACAAUCCCGAUGAAAUUCACAUACACCACUCCCUUCGCCUGCAAGAAAUAUCUCGCAGCACCAACUUGUACUCGGACUUGCCGGCGCCAGCGUCGUCGCCAUUCAGCCUUAUUGGAGCCAGGUUGGGUAUAUCGUUACCAAAUCCAGCUCCAGAUGUGGAACUGGAAGGCCCCGAGCCGCAUCUCAGCGUACAUCCGCCGCUGCCAAAUUCAGCACCCGAAGAGUCAGCACCAUCGUCAAACGAGCCCAAAAGGAAGAAAUACGCAAAAGAAGCAUGGCCCGGACGGAAACCGGGACUUAUAUCUGUGUGAGGGUAGUUUUUAUGUGGACUUUGGACUCGUAAUUUUAAUUCUACCGCCUCCAAUGGAAUGUGUGGUCCCUGGUAUUCGUGGGAAUGUAAAAACUAUUUUAUAUAUUGCAUAUUACAUGGUUUUCUUAAUAAAUGCAAUUUUUUAUGUCGUCAAUUAAAAUUCAGCAUGUGAAAUUCACCGGCUUGAUUCUAGUAUUUUAGCGAUAGGAUUUUUCUAGAAAAAUUUUAUCUUUUCACCACAGUAGGCUUAUAUUUUCGUUUAUCCUUAUGAAGUAAGCAUUGCGUAAUAUGUAUAUAGUGAAUAUCAUAAUAUUGUAUGUUUAAUUUGAUUUUAACUAGAGUGAUCUUUCGUCUCUUUCUAUAAUUAUGUGUUUACGUUGUAAGGAAAAGAGACAAAUACAGUUUGUGAAAUUAGACUGUUUUGUUUUUUUAUGACUAAUGAAAAUAUGUACAAAUUUUUACCUUUGCAAUCCUAUCGAUUUAAAUUAUAAGAAUUGAAGUGUUCUUUUA